CGAUGAAAUGUGUUUGCAUGUUCUUCUCCGCGAGCAGGGAUGUAGGUGAGAUUGCGAGAAUCGAAAAGGUUGGAGAGCCCACACGCUCAGCUUCCGAGAAAGUACGUUUUACAAUCAUUUAUUAUUAUAUUUCCCUCUUGUUCUAUACAGGCGAGGACUAUAUUAAUUCAAUUGGUUUAGUGUAAGGUUUUUUUCAUUUCUUUUUUACAUCAAUCUCUACGGUAGGCUUGGAGACGGACCGCUUGGACAGUGGGAGCCCUCCCCUCCACUCGGAACCGCUUUGGUAGGUGCGAACAAAAAAGAGCCCGUGUUUGCAAAUAUGCAGAUACAUAGGAGGGAGGGGGGAUCAUACUUUGUUGAAGUCUGCUGAAAGUUGGGAUGUCAUCUUCCUAACGAUCAAGUUAACUGGGAGAAUGGGAGAAUGGUUCUUCUCAAACGUGCUGGUGCAGACCAUACGCUGGCACCGCAGAGACCGGGGUUUCAGAUCAUUGAGUCCAGACAAAAGUUUGUAGGUUGCCAGUGAAAGGAUGUGGAUGAGGGCUGAGGUUUAGAGCGAGAACAAGGGCUCUAGGGCCUGCCUGUGGUUGGCUGGCCGAUUCGUCCACAGCGAGGAGGCGCCACCUCACCUGGGCUCAGAGCAGACUGUGAGAACCUCUCGGCUCCCCCUCCCCUGCUCGCCCCUGUCCCCCUCUCGCCCCGACCCCCAGCCCUGCACGUACUGGACCAUGUCUAGCGGACGGUCGGAGGGAAGCCGAGACCGGACAGCCGAGGCCCUGGAGCGGAACAGCUGCACGGAUGAUGUCCCUGUCAUCGAGCGCAGGAACCGCAGUGGCAUCAUCAGUGAGCCCCUGAGUAAGAGCCUUAAGAGGUCCCGCACCCUCUCCCAGUACACAGCAGCCUGCCCCACCAGCGCUAAUGGACACGCACACCACAAUAGAGAGGCCAAGAGCCACCCGGCCAAGCCCCAGCCGCCCCCACAGCCCCAGCCCACCGUCUCAGCGCUUGCGGCAGCCAAGCUGGACCGGACCCUGGAGCAGGUCCUGGAGGGACAGAACGGCCUGCUGCACUUUGCCCAGGCGGCGGAGCUGUUAAAGAGGGCUGGGAUGGAGCACAUGCUGCUGCCGGGGGGCAUGGGGAUGGGGAUGGGGAUGGGGGGUAGCGAUUCAGGCUCGGGGGCAAGCGACUUGGAGGGUGCGUCUGCUGUGGACUCUGUUGGCGGUGUUGCGGACUUCCCGUACGGUGUUGGAGGCGGCUUCCCGUUCAACCCGGGGCUGUUCAUCAUGACACCGGCAGGAGUGUUCCUGGCCGACAGCGCGCUGCACAUGGCCGGCCUGGCCGAGUACCCGGCGCAGAGCGAGCUGGCCUCGGCCAUCAACUCCGGCAAAAAGAAGCGGAAACGCUGCGGCAUGUGCCCGCCCUGCCGCCGGCGGAUUAACUGCGAGACGUGCAGCAGCUGCCGGAACCGCAAAACGGGCCACCAGAUCUGCAAGUUCCGCAAAUGUGAGGAGCUGAAAAAGAAGCCGUCUGCCGCUCUGGAGAAGGUGAUGCUUCCUACAGGAGCAGCAUUCCGAUGGUUCCAGUAAGACUCUGACCCUCCUCCACCCUUACCCCUACCUACCCAAACCCAAAGCUCUGCGAUCAAGUGCAAUGCCAACUCUCGCUUGGAUUGUCUCAGCACGGACACUGGCUGACAAGCAAACAAACAAACAACAAAAAUAUACAAAAAAACAAAUCAGAAAUUAUACAAAAUAAUCAAUUGAGUAAUGGAUGCACCUGCUUAUUCCUUGAACCAAAAAUUUAACAUAAAGAAAAAAAUCUAUGGCAACUUUCAUUCCCUUUUAUAUGUUUCCAUUUUGGUACCUUUUGUCCUUUUUCCAGCAGGUUUUUUCUGUCGCUUAGACAUGGAACUGUUCAUUGCCAAACAGAAAUGACGGACUGAGUGUGGACAAUCAACUAAUUUCUGUGUUUGGUGUUAAUGUUGUUCACGUGUGGAAAGAUACAGUACUUGUGUAGAGAAUGUACAUUUACGGCUAUAUUUUAAAACUAGUGGCUAAUGGCAAGCACUAUUGUAAUUUAGCACCAUUGUUCUUACUUAAACUCUUGUCUAUUUUAUGAUUUGUUUUGUUUUAAGAAUAUAGUUUUGAAACGGAACAAUGGUUGUCUUUUAAAAGAAAAAGGAAAUGUUUCAAAAUGUAAAAAUACAGAUUUCUGAUUGAAAUGAUAAAGCAACUCUCAUCCCAUCGGGCAGAAGUCCAGGGGACUCUUUAGCACGAUGAUGCUAUCCUCCAGAGAACUCACUGGAAUCUCCCCAAUCUCCCCAACCAACCAACCAACCGUGUUUUCCUUGCCUGUAUUUCCAAGCUUUUAUUUUGUGAAACUGGCAGCCUUACGUUCCUGUGGCCCAAAUGAGUGUGUGUGUCAUGAGGAUCUCAGCACAGAGGGUGACAGCACUAGGAGACAGCACUUGCUCUGGGUCUGCCCAUUUGAACGCACUGAAACAAGAUUUCUUUAUGUUUUUUUCAUUUUUUUUCUCAUUACGUUGCUGGUAGCUACAUCUUUUAAAACAACAGCGAUGUUUGUAUUCAUUUAGAAAAUUGGACUGGUUUUGUGAAUAAAAACGAAUGCAUGUAUUUGUGUCAAAAUUUA